AACAUUGUAAAUAAGGGGACGCUCUUGCUGUCUGUAAAAUCUUGGGCUGGAUGAAGGUUUCCACUGAUUGUACACAAUCAUCAUGGCGACCCAGGAUGGAAAUCAAGUUACAAUGCAAACGGACGCAAAGCCAAAGGAAGGGGAGGAAGACGCACGUCUGGGGGAAACUACGGAGAAGGGCGACUCGGAACCGGCCUCCGACGCGGGAAACGCCACCACUCAGGACUCUUCCAGCAUCAGCAACGGGGAUGACAAUGCCGAGGACGGGGGCGAGAUGGUGGACUUGAAGAUCAUCUGGAACAAGAUCAAAUAUGACUUGAGGAUCCCUCUGGGUAGUACCGGCGCUAAAUUGAAGGAGAAGAUCCAUUCGCUCACUGGUCUUCCGCCGGCCAUGCAAAAGGUGAUGUACAAAGGCCUGGUGCCGGAGGACAAGACAUUACGGGAAAUGAAGAUGAUGAGCGGCGCCAAGGUCAUGGUGGUGGGAUCCACCAUAAACGACGUGCUGGCGGUCAGCACGCCCAAAGAGGUUAUGCAGCAGGAGGUCAAGGCUGAGGAGAACAAGAAGGAGCCACUAUGCAGACAAAAGCAACACAGGAAAGUUUUGGACAAAGGUAAACCUGAGGAUGUAAUGCCAGCUAUUAAAGGAACAAAAGAGCGACUACCAACUGUGCCUUUAUCCGGAAUGUACAACAAAUCCGGAGGAAAAGUAAGACUCACAUUCAAACUGGAGCAGGAUCAGCUGUGGAUCGGGACUAAAGAGAGGACAGAGAAAGUCCCGAUGGGCUCCAUCAAAAAUGUGGUUUCUGAGCCCAUUGAAGAGCACGAGGACUAUCACAUGAUGGCGUUCCAGCUGGGUCCGACAGAAGCGUCUCAGUAUUGGGUCUACUGGGUGCCCACACAGUUCGUGGAUGCAAUUAAAGACACAGUCCUGGGGAAAUGGCAGUAUUUCUAAUGUGCCUCUUAUCAGUUUUGUUUCUUUUUUGACAAUGAUGAACUGGGACAGAAGAUAAGGAGGAGGAGGAGUUGAGGGAAGAGGAGAGAGGCUCGAGGAAACGCGCCGGCAUCUUAUCUGAAGGAACUUGACUGACGCCCGCGGACUAAAAUCUUUUUUUUUUUUUUUUUGGUUUCAACGUGCGCUGCAAGUGGCAGCGUUCACAUUUCUGAGCCCUCCCUCUUGUUGAUCAUUGAUGGGCUUCAACAAAUACAAGGGGAAGAAAAAAAAAACAAUGAAACAAUUGUACAGAAAUUGCUAACACUUUUCUUCUGUUAUUCUUAAAGAAAUAAAAGUUAUUUAAUGAAAUGAA